UACAGAGACAGCAUAAGGGAAAACAUUCUUCCUGCUAUUGCUUCUUUCAUUAUUUCACAGUUUUGAAUUAAGAUUAAAGGUAAAACGUAAGAAGGGACUCAAAGGGCUGAAUAUGGAGUCCCGUGGAUGCUUCAUGGAUGCCCUGAGGUCUCUCUGGGCCAGCAUCAGGAGCAAGGUCAGUAAAAGAGGAACCAAACAGCGCCGCAGAAACUUGCGCAUUAGCAAGAUGCAGGCCAUGGAGAGGAUGGACCGGAAGUGGAACAGGGGACUGAAUAAAAAAGUGAAAUCAGAGAAAAAGGUGCCCAAGUCUGGAUACAAGACCUCCAAGCAGGACAGGGGAAGAGCUCGACUUGUGGCCUCUGGAUGGAAGCCGAGGGGGGAAGAGGGCAAGCCAGCAAGGAGCAAAGUCCAGAAAAAGAUGGACAUCACCCUGCAGGCUUUGCAGGAGUCUCGGAAACCCUUGAAGGUCCAGCUGAGAGCCCAGAGGCCCCACUAUCUGGGUGACAUGGAGAACGUGGAAAAGGAGAAGUCCAACCAGGACUACAGGAGUGAUGAGGGCCCACAGGUGCAGGCCGAGGCACCAAGGGAGAUGAACUGCGGUCAUGGAGACGCAAAGACCAAUCCCCUGAUAGCCUGCUUGCCCCUGAGGGGGGAAAAGGCCUGCAGCCAGAAAUGGCAGGAUAUGAUCCUGGGAUGGACACCAGUCGUCCAGGAAAACAUGGAGAAGCGCUGUGCACCCCUGUCAGGCAAAAAGGCCUGCAGCCAGAGAUGGCAGAACAUGGUCCUGCAGGGGACACCAGCCAUCCAGGACAAAACGGGGACACAGAGUCCUGCCUGUGAUGGUGAGGAGGAACCUGUGGAGGGAAGGGAGCAGGAGAUGAGCCUGGCUGAGCAAACGGAACUUCCUGUCCCUGUGGAAAUGAGCACUGAGUCCAGCAGCCCAACUCUGCCUGAACUGGACAAUGAUGACUUGGAGGACAAAGUGCAAACUGAAAAUAUAGAGGAGGGAGAUGCCCAAGGAUAUGUUGCAGAGGACGAACACCUGUCUGCAUUUGUAAGACUUGAUAACUGCAAUGAGGCAUCAGAAGACUACACCUGUGUCUAUUAUUAUUACUACCGUUUGAUUAGUUAUUUUAUUAUUUUAUUUUGGAUUAUUAUUUCCCUUUAUUUCCCUCACUGAUAAAUCAAAUAAAGUAUUUUGGCCAAUUAA